AUGUUCCUCACUUCAUAUCUUGACAGUCGCACAGAGGUGCAAGAUGAUAAGUAUUGUGGGGUUUCUGGAAGUGUCACAGAGGGAUUUGCACAAUUUCAUCAAUUCUUCAAUCUUUCCUGUCAGUUUGGAGGUUUCCUUGGCUCUGGAUUCGCAUACAUUGUUGCUAGACGUUUGACAAGACAAGCACAGUCAAAGGAAAUUACAUCAAUCAAACCGAUUCUUGUAGUGAACUUCAUUUCAUGUAUAGUCAGAUCUUCAAGCAACAUCAUUUACAUUCUCAAGAAUUUCCUUGAUCUUGACAUAACGAAAUCUCAGCAAAACUAUGCGGUUACGUAUUCAUCGGCUGUGUUCCAGGUAUCAAAGUUUGUGCUAUAUAUUCUUACGGGACAGGAAUUUCGUGAUUACUUACGGAAAAUGAUCAACGACAAAAGCGAUCUAGAUACAACAGUUGCAAAAGUGACAAUAGUCAAAACGACGAAACUUCGUUCCAUCCAUUGA